AUGGUGACGAGUGAGAAGCUACUGCAGCCGCCCAUCGACCUUCGCUUGAAUGUGGUCUUGCUGCUUUGCUUGCUGGCCGCCGCAGCUUCCAUCAUCCUGUCGUUCCGUCUGAUGUGGCUGCACCUCCGAGCUGGGCAACAGGUUACAGGGACGGUCACGCCCGCGCAGAGGACGGCGGACGUGAUGAAGCUGCUUGCUGCACCACCCAUGUUUGCAAUAACUGUCCUGUGUGCCAUACUCUUCGUGGAAAGUGCGCCUCUGUGGCGGUUCCUUAUGACACUGGUCCUUGUGCAUGUCAUGAAAGGUGUGCCACAUCUCUUCGUGAGCGUGGCAGGGGGCCCCGUCCACUUGCAGAUGCUUAUCAGGAAGUACGCGGAAGGGAGCACCAAGCCCGUACGCGUCUACGGCAACGCGCCACUGUGCUGCCUCGCGCCCCUCUUCUUCCGGGAAUCCGUUCCGAAGCCCAUCGACCUGCCCAGGUUGAAUCUGGGGAUCUGGCAGUUCUGCGUCAUCCAGCCGAUCUUAGUUUUCAUUGAGCUUUUCAUUGCUUCCGAGCGAGCCGCGGGAGCACACUUCCUUGGUCUCUUCGACGCGCGGGCUCCUAUCCUGAUGUUGGUCAAGAUUGCCAGCAAUCUGCUUGCAAACUCUUCGUGUCAAGGACUGGCCACUUUGGUUGCUGCGGUCACACCCGGUGGUGGGGGCUUGCAGUUUCAGGGCAAGCAGCGCUACGCGCAGGUGUUCUUGUGGGGGAUGAACCUGCUCCCAGCCCUUCUGCACGCGUCGCUCGCCGGCCUCUUCGGUGUCCCCGAUACACUUCAGCUGAGAAAUGGACACACCCUGCAUCCUCAUGAAGUCCUCUGCCUUCUUACCUUCGUUGUGGUCUGCUUUGCCACCCUCUUCGGCGCGCACGCCGCGUGGCAGGCCUUUCCCGUUGACGACCAGCUCUAUCCCGAGCUCUCGGAAGGUCUGUCUGAGUGCUUAUCAGGAAACCUGUCCGGCCGGGGCUUGCACACAGUCAGGUUCUGCCCCUUCUGUGGCUCCCAGGACCUGACCAUUGGCUCUAAGGCCUUAGGUGGUGACGUGGUGAGAUGUUCCCACUGCAGCAUGAGCGGCUUCCCUAUGGAGCUGGAAGCUGGGAAGGAGAGGAAUGCAGAGUGGCGAGUGGCUUAUUUCAGGAAUCCUUGUCUCCUCCUUCGAUCCUGCGACCUCGCGGCAGCCGCCGCGGCCUGUCUGGCCCCGCUACAAAUGGCCAGCAACGUCCGGCGAGUGGUUCUGGACGAGGGGCGGCUCCGUCGUGCCUCCAGGCUCUUCGCAAGGAUGCUCCAAGGCGAGCCCGUACCUCGGACCAGGCGCCGACGGUGGCAUUCAGCACCUCCUGCUAGUGAGACGAAGAAGGAGAACCGGCUGUUUUCACUUCGCGCCAGCUUGCCUUCAAUGCCCUCCAUGCCCUCCAUGCCCUCCAUGCCGGCCAUGCCCGCGAUGCCCUCCAUCACGGUUCCGCGGCUCCUCUCUGUCCCUGAAGGCCCCUCCUUGGCCCGCCGCCGAGGGUCCUCGGAGGAGCCCCGAGGGCGAGAGCAGCAGGCGCGAGAUCUAGAGCACUUAUGGGCAUCGUCCAAGGACGAGGUGUCAGCCAAAAAUCUUUGUGAGACGUCACACGCGAGCACGUGCGAAGUCGAAGCCAUGUCGCUCUUCACCAAGAUCAUCCGAGGGGACAUACCCUCCUCGAAGGUGGCCGAAGGAGAACGCUGGUACGCGUUCCUGGACAUCAACCCACGCCGGGAGGGGCACACGCUGGUCGUGCCAAAGGAGGAGAAGCAGCGCAUUGCGGAGCUGUCCACAGACUCGCGCGUGGCGCUGUUAGAGGGAGUGGCAGAAGUUCAGCGGCGGCUGACGCGACUUGACUUGUUCAGCCUCUGA